ACUGCCGCGGAGCGACGCGGGACUCCGGGGAACCGUCGCUCACUAGUGUAACAGGGAACGCGUUACCUCUCAGCUUCCAUCCGACGCUGCGAAAACAAACAGAAGUAUGUAGUUUGGAAGAGGACAGAUGACCCACUCCAUGGUGUUGUUUACUGUAGGGACAGGGAAUGCGUCGCUGCGUCUUGUUAUGAAGGACAGGUCCCAACUGGGGACUUCCUCGCAGGACUGCGUACAUUUUUGUCUAUAGACAUGUAAUCAUAGAAUUCAUCUUUUAAACACAAGCAAGGUGCGAUGGCCUCUUCGGCUCAGCCCGAGACACGGAAGUUCACACGCGGUCUGAGUAAGCCGGGCACCGCCGCCGAGUUACGCCAGAGCGUCUCCGAGGUGGUGCGCACUUCUGUACUGGUGGUAAAACCAAAAGUGAUUGAGCCGUUGGACUAUGAGAGCGUACUUGUCCAGAGGAAAACGCAAAUACUAAGUGAUGUCCUCAGAGACAUGCUGCAGUUUCCUAUUGAUGACUUUCAGAUCUCCACUUUGAAGCGUCAGGGCAGAACUCUGUACUCUUCAGUACCAGAUGGGGCAGAAAAGAGAGCCAGCAGCCUGCUUGUGCAGGAGUGCAUCAAGACCUACAACUCAGACUGGCAUGUGGUGAACUACAAGUAUGAAGAUUAUUCUGGAGACUUUCGCCAACUUCCAAAUAAAGUUCCUCGGCCAGAGAAACUAGCUAGUCACGUAUUUGAGGUGGACGAAGAUGCAGAUAAGGAGGAGGAUGCUGCCUCAUUGGGCUCUCAAAGAGGGGGCGUGUCCAAACACGGCUGGCUGUAUAAAGCAAAUAUGAACAGUGCCAUCAGUGUUACCAUGAGGUCUUUUAAGAGAAGGUAUUUCCAUUUGACCCAGCUGGGAGAUGGAUCAUACAACUUGAACUUCUACAAAGAUGAGAAAAUAUCUAAGGAACCCAAGGGAACUAUCUUCUUGGACUCCUGCAUGGGUGUCAUCCAGAACAGUAAGGUGCGUCGUUUUGCAUUUGAGCUGAAGAUGCAGGAUAAAAGCACGUAUCUUCUGGCGGCAGACAGCGAAGGAGAGAUGGAUGACUGGAUCAGCACCCUCAACAAGAUCCUCCACAGCAGCUUUGAGCUCGCCAUGCAGGAGAGGAGGAACGGAGAACUGCACGAUGAUGAUGAGCUAGGCAAGACAGACAUCUCGCCUGGGAAUUUUCAGGACAGUUUCCAGAGUGCGAGAGACAUUGAGUCUAAGAUGAGGAGUGAAACUCGUCUGAAACUCUUUACUCUGGACCCUGACACACAGAGACUCGAUUUGUCUGGCAUUGAACCUGACGUGAAGCAGUUUGAGGAGAAGUUUGGGAAGAGAUUUUUGGUCAGCUGCAAUGAUCUGUCCUUCAACCUUCAGAGCUGUGUAGCAGAAAAUGAGGAGGGACCUACUACUAACGUGGAGCCCUUCUUCGUGGUGCUUUCGCUGUUUGAUGUGCAGAACAGCCGAAAAAUAUCUGCAGAUUUUCAUGUGGAUCUAAAUCACCCACUGGUCCGCUCCAUGAUCCCACCACCCAGCAUGCAGAUAAACGGAGGGGUGGACACACCUCACGGAGAAACACUGCUUAGUGAACUGCCGGAGGGGAUGCUGCAGUAUCCCAAAAAAGGUGUCUUCUCUGUGACGUGUCCUCACCCUGACAUCUUCCUGGUUGCGCGAAUCGAGAAAGUUCUGCAGGGAGGCAUUACUCACUGCGCUGAGCCCUACAUGAAGAGCUCCGACUCCAGCAAGGUUGCUCAGAAGGUUUUGAAGAAUGCCAAGAUGGCCUGCAGCAGACUGGGCCAGUACAGGAUGCCUUUCGCAUGGGCAGCCCGGCCUGUGUUUAAAGAUGCCUCAGGGACUUUGGAUAAAAGCGCUCGGUUCUCCGCGCUGUACCGACAAGACAGUAAUAAACUCUCAGAAGAGGAUCUUUUCAAACUACUGGCGGAUUUUAGGAAACCUGAAAAGAUGGCUAAACUACCUGUCAUCUUGGGUAACCUGGACGUUACCAUUGAUAAUGUCCCUCCUGAUGUGGCUAAUUGUGUCACUCCAUCCUACAUCCCAGUGAGGCCUUUUGAGAGUAAUGGGCCAAGUGACGGUGUUCUGUUGGAGAUGGAGGAGUUUGUUCCCUGUAUUGCCAAAUGCUCUCAGCCUUUCACAACCUACAACAAUCAUCUCUAUGUCUAUCCAAAACAUCUCAAAUAUGACAGCCAGAAGUCUUUCGCCAAGGCGAGGAACAUCGCAGUAUGUGUGGAAUUCAGGGAGUCGGAUGAAGAAGAUGCCCAACCUCUAAAGUGUAUCUAUGGUCGUCCAGGAGGUCCUCUCUUCACCAAACAUGCCUAUGCAGCUGUACUGCACCACCAGCAGAACCCAGAGUUUUAUGAUGAGAUAAAAAUUGAGUUGCCCACACAACUUCAUGAAAAGCAUCACCUGCUCUUCACUUUUUACCACAUCAGCUGUGACAGCAGCACAAAGAAGCGGGACAUAGUGGAGACCCCAGUGGGCUCUGCCUGGCUUCCUCUGCUUAAAGAUGGUCGUGUUGUUAUGAGUGAGCAGCACAUCUCUGUGGCAUCCAACCUACCAAAUGGUUACCUCAGCUGCCAGGAGGGUGUAAGCAAGCACUCCAGUCCUGAGAUAAAGUGGGUGGAUGGAGGACGUCCUCUUUUCAAAGUGUCUACACAUCUGGUCUCUACCAUCUACACUCAGGAUCAGCACCUGAACAAUUUUUUCCAUCAUUUCCAGAGUAUGCAGUCUGGUGCCACCUGUCCAACUGAGGGUGAGCUUGUCAAAUACCUCAAGAGUCUUCAUGCUAUGGAAGGCCAUGUUAUGAUCAACUUCCUGCCGACUAUUUUAAACCAGCUGGUUCAUGUUCUGACCAGCGCCAGUAAUGAGGAUGUUGCUGUAAACACCACCAGGGUCAUGGUCCACAUUGUUGCUCAGUGCCACGAAGAGGGUCUAGAACACUACUUGAGGUCCUAUGUGAAGUACGUGUUUAAAACAGAGUUCUAUUCAACCAAUAACAGUAAGACAGGGCACGAGGAACUGGCCAAAGCCAUGACAUCCAUUUUAAAGCCUUCAACCGACUUCCUAACCAGCAACAAGCUUCUCAAGUAUUCGUGGUAUUUUUUUGAAACCCUGGUGAAGUCAAUGGCACAGUACCUGAUGGAAAGUGGCAAGGUCAAGUUGUCCAGGAACCAGCGAUUCACAGCUUCAUUCCACCAUGCUGUGGAGACACUCGUGAACAUGCUGAUGCCACACAUCACACAGAAGUAUAAGGACAAUCUGGACGCUGCCCGCAAUGCCAACCAUAGCCUGGCCGUCUUCAUAAAGCGCUGUUUUACCUUUAUGGAUCGAGGAUUUGUCUUCAAGCAGAUAAACAACUACAUCUCCUGUUUUGUACCUGGAGAUCCCAAGACGCUGUAUGAGUUUAAGUUUGAGUUUCUGAGGGUGGUGUGUAAUCAUGAACACUACAUCCCACUCAAUCUGCCCAUGCCUUUUGGGAAGGGACGCAUUCAGAGGUUUCAAGAUUUACAGUUGGACUAUUCACUGACUGAUGAUUUCUGCAGGAAUCACUUUCUAGUGGGUUUGUUAUUGAGGGAGGUGUGUGGGGCCCUUCAGGAGUUUGGGGAAGUCCGUCAGAUCGCCAUUCAGGUUCUCAAGAGUCUGAUGAUCAAACACACAUUUGACGAUCGCUAUGCCUCAAAGAGUCAGCAGGCAAGGUUGGCGACGCUUUAUCUACCCUUGUUUGGGUUGCUGCAGGAGAACGUUUACAGACUGAAUGUGAGAGACGCGUCUAAUUUUAACACCAACCAGAAUGGGCGAGAUGAACAUCUUUCCAGCAUCUCUACAGUAACACCUCAAAAGCCUGUUGGCAACCUUGACAACAGCCUUCAUAAAGAUGUAUUUGGGGUCAUCUCAGGAACUGCCUCUCCUCACACCUCUACGCCUAACAUUGGCUCUGUGCGUCACGCUGACUCUCGAGGUUCUCUGGUCAGCACAGACUCAGGAAACAGCAUCCCUGAGAAGACCAGCUCCCUCGAUAAGACCCAAUCAGCCUCUGCUCUGGGUAGCUCUAUGCUGCGCUGUGAUAAAUUGGACAGAGAAGAAAUCAAAAACCUGCUCAUGUGUUUCCUCCAUGUCUUAAAGAGCAUGUCUGAGGAUGCCUUAUUUACAUACUGGAACAAAGCCACAACCUCUGAGCUGAUGGACUUUUUCACUUUAGUAGAAGUGUGUUUACAUCAGUUCAGGUAUAUGGGGAAGAGAUUCAUUGCCAGAGGGGGCAUCAUGCACACACGCUUACACCAGCUGGGCAGCCUGGAGAACGCACACACUUUCAACCACACGUAUUGCCAUGGUGAUGCUGACGCGUGUCUCCUGGAGGCUAACGUCUCAACGGAGGUGUGCUUGACUGUGCUGGACACACUCAGUGUCUUCAUUAUGGGCUUUAAGACCCAGCUGUGUGCAGAUUUGGGUCAUAACCCACUGAUGAAGAAGGUUUUCCAGGUGCACCUCUGUUUCCUUCAGAUCCCCCAGUCAGAGACUGCACUGAAGCAGGUCUUCACCUCCCUACGUACCUUCAUUUACAAGUUUCCCUGUACAUUUUUUGACGGACGGGCGGAUAUGUGUGCCUGUUUGUGCUAUGAGAUCCUGAAGUGCUGUAAUUCCAAACUGAGCUCCAUACGCAGUGAUGCCGCCCACCUGCUCUAUUUCCUCAUGAAGAGCAACUUUGAGUACAAUGGCAGGAAGUCCUUUGUCCGCACACACCUGCAGGUGGUGAUUGCAGUGAGUCAGCUGAUCGCUGAUGUCAUCGGGAUUGGAGGGACACGGUUCCAACAGUCACUGUCCAUCAUUAAUAAUUGUGCCAACAGUGAUAAAACUGUAAAGCACACUGCUUUCCCCUCGGAUGUGAAGGACCUGACCAAGCGGAUCCGGACGGUACUGAUGGCCACUGAGCAGAUGAAGGAACAUGAAAAAGACCCAGAGAUGCUGGUGGACCUGCAGUACAGCCUGGCCAAAUCCUACACCAGCACCCCUGAGCUGCGCAAAACCUGGCUGGAUAGUAUGGCUAAAAUCCACGUCAAGAAUGGAGAUCUGUCUGAGGCAGCGAUGUGUUACGUGCAUGUGGCAGCACUUGUGGCCGAGUACCUGAAGAGGAAAGGAAUGUUCCGGCAGGGCUGCUCUGCAUUUUGUGUGAUCACACCCAACAUUGAUGAGGAGGCAGCCAUGAUGGAGGAUGUGGGCAUGCAGGACGUUCACUUCAAUGAGGAGGUGCUUAUGGAGUUGUUGGAAGCUUGUGCUGAUGGUUUAUGGAAAGCUGAACGUUACGAACUUAUUUCAGAUAUAUACAAACUCAUCAUUCCAAUUUACGAACAGCGCAGAGACUUUGAGAAACUGGCCCACCUGUAUGACACAUUACAUCGGGCUUACACUAAAGUGAUGGAAGUGAUGCAUUCUGGGAAGAGGCUACUUGGGACCUUCUUUAGAGUGGCAUUUUUCGGCCAGGCUGCGGGUUUCUUUGAAGAUGAGGAUGGAAAGGAAUAUAUCUAUAAAGAACCAAAAUUCACUCCUCUAUCAGAAAUUUCCCAGCGUCUCCUCAAACUUUACUCGGACAAAUUUGGCCAAGAAAAUGUCAAAAUGAUCCAGGACUCUGGCAGGGUCAACCCUAAAGAUCUGGAGGCAAAGUUUGCCUAUAUCCAAGUGACGCACGUGACGCCGUAUCUAGAGGAAAAGGAGCUGGAAGAGAGGAAGACUGACUUUGAGAGGAGCCACAACAUUCGGCGCUUUGUGUUCGAGACGCCAUUCACUGAGUCAGGAAAGAGGCACGGCGGGGUCGAGGAACAGUGUAAACGAAGGACGGUGCUCACCACCACACACUGUUUCCCGUAUGUAAAGAAGCGCAUAGCGGUGAUGUAUCAGCACCACACAGACCUGAGUCCCAUCGAGGUGGCCAUAGAUGAGAUGAGCGGGAAGGUGGCAGAACUCAGAGCCCUUUGUGCAACCAGUGAGGUCGACAUGAUCCGCCUGCAACUUAAGCUGCAGGGAAGCAUUAGUGUACAGGUCAAUGCUGGGCCACUUGCAUAUGCCAGAGCUUUCCUUGAUGACGCCUGCGCCAAAAAAUACGCAGAUAACAAAGUCAAACAGCUUAAAGAGGUCUUCAGGCAGUUUGUUGAGGCAUGUGGACAGGCUCUAGCUGUGAACGAAAGGUUGAUCAAGGAGGACCAACAGGAAUAUCAUGACGAGAUGAAAGCCAGUUACAAAGACCUGGCCAGAGAGCUUUCACACAUCAUGCAUGAACAGAUCUCCGCUGUGGAGGGCGGAACCAAGAGCUCUCUUUCUGAUUCGCUGCAUAUUUUCAAUGCCAUCAGUGGCACGCCCAGCGGAACCACCCUGCAUGGCAUGCCUAGCUCCGCCUCCUCCGUGUGACUUUCACCCCUGGCCUUAAACCUCUGACCCUGCGCACAGCCAGAGAGACAAACAAACAGACUGAAACGCAUCAAAAGCGAAAGAACAAGAAAAGAAUGGAAUUUCAUUGUCUGACACUCCUGAAUGAAUCGCCCAUCAAUCAGCAUCCAGGACACUGGGAUACAGCAGGUGUAUCCGGUCUUUGGAAUGUCCACAUACUAUUCCCAUAUGACUCGUGUAGCUUUUGUUCUUCUCUCAUCUACUCCAGUCCUCCGUUCACAGGUGUUUCCUGUGGAGACUAUCACUUUUAUUUCUUACACAACCAGAACAGCUUGAAAAAUCUGCCUUUUUACUUUCACAUUCCUUAAAUUUAAUGCUUCAUCUUUCCAUAUAUUCCCCAAUUCUGUAUGUUUUUUGCUGCUCUGUGCUAAAAGAGAAGCUGCGACAUCACUUCCUGUGUCUAAGGCAGCAGCCGUCCAUUGAGUAGUAGUGAAGGGAAUAUAACUGUGCUUCAGUGUAGCAGGAAGUUUGAGCUUUACUGUACAAAAUACCCAUGAUCACCUGAGCCACUCAAGCUUUUUAGCCCACACUUCCAUCAUUUUUUUCCUUUUAUUCAUUAAAAGCCAAGAAACAAUUGCUGUUUCUUUGUAGCGGAGUGCAAUAAUUCUCUUUCUUUGUCCUGUUUUGGUUCCUGAAGAUCUCUUGCCAAAGUGAAAAGGCUAGAUGUGAAAUAUCUAAAUAUAUAUGGACAAAAGAGAUAAACACAAGGAUUUUUAUAACCUUUUAUGUUUGUUUAAUUGUAAAUUGUUUUAUAUCGAGGGUUAGAUAUGGGGGGUAUUUUUAUUUAAAAAAGAAU